AGACUAAAUUGCGCUCUAAAUUUCGUGAUGUUCGCCUCCGUGUCUUUCCAAAAUUUUGUUUAUUUUUUAAAAUUUUAGUUUAAUUUUGUUUAUAAAAUUUCGAAAAUAUAAUGUCCGGUUUUACGGAAAGUGGAUUUGAACGUAAAUUAGCCGAGUUAAAUUCUACCCAAGUUUCCAUCCAGACUUUAUCCUUGUGGCUGCUGCAUCAUAAAAAACAUGUCAACACGAUUGUGAAGGUUUGGUAUAAAGAAUUUUUAAAAGCCCAAGAACAUAGGAAACUAACUUUCAUCUAUUUAGUGAACGAUGUUAUUCAAAACAGUAAAAAGAAAGGGGGCGAUUUCGGGAAAUUGUUUGCCCCCUGUUUGAAAAAGGCGUUGGAAUACAUGGCAAGAAAUCCGGAAGAUAAAAUGAAAAAGAGUAUCCUUCGUAUUUUAAAGAUUUGGGAGGAUCGUGGGAUUUACGAGUCUGCUUUAAUCAAAGACUUUGAAAGCUCAUAUCGUAAAAUGUGGGAUGAUUUACAUGGUCCCGACGUCGACGAAUUGCUAGAAGAAGCCAUCGAAAAACCGGUCAAACCUCCCGUCACCAAUAAUACAAAUAAUACCUCAAGUAAUAACAAUACGGAUAAAGCAGCAGCCUCAAGUCAAAAGACCUCCGCGUCGAAAAGUGGUAGUAGCGAUAAGCUGGCAGUAAAAGACAAAGAACGAGAAAGACGAAAACGCCACCACCAUCAUCACCACAAGCACAGUAAAGAAGACCCGAAAAAACAAAAUAAUGCCUCCACGACGCCCACGAUACCGACGGAAGGAGCAGUGGCAACUGGUUCCUCGACACAACAAGGAACCAGUAUUUCUCCGACGCCCGAAGUAAUUACACUCACAGGCGGCACGGAUGAGCCGGAUUCUGACGCUGUCGCCGUGAAAAAAAGACGAGCGAGAUCCAAAGAGUUUCAAAAUUUGAGGAAACAAGCCAUGAUUGCGGAGGAUAUGAAUACAAUAGAAGAAUGGGAGGUGGAUGGCGUGUCGCAGAUGGAAAUUAAGUUGUCGCCGUCGCCGUAUAAAGAUCCCCCGACGGAGGAGGAGUUAAUUGCGCUCCUUAAGACUUUGGAAAAAAUGCCCAGCACGGAUGCCGCGACACGGGGCAAGAUUGCAAAUUUGCCUCCAGAAGUGUCCGACGUGAAGGGGGUGGAUACCCUCUGCAUUGAUUCUGACGUGACGAGAGACCUCCAAAACAAGAUCAAGGCUGCCCUCGACCUCCUCAAGGACUACAAUGUCAAGUUGGACGCCGAGUUGGAGGAGAGGAAAACCGUGUCGAUGAAACUGCAAGAUUUAAUCUAUUUUCAAAAGGAUCUCUUAACGCAGGCCGAGCAUAGAUUGGAGGAACACCAACAAUACGGUAAAAUCCUGACCAGGAAACUAGAAGAGAUGAAGUCGCAUGUACAAAGUAUGCCGGAUUUGUCAAAAUUGCCCUCGGUCACGGACGGGUUAGCUCCACUACCCUCGGCCGGAGAUUUGUUUAAUAUUUAACAGAUUUAAAUUUAUUAACCAGGCAGAAAUUUAUCAACUCCCAAAAAGAAUAACAUAAAUUUAUGUAUAAGCUUCUUCCAGAUACUCGUGAGUAUUAUUUUUAACUUUAACUUGUUUUACAAUCCAUGUUUUCUUGUAGAUCUUUAUAUAAUUAAUUAAGAUAAUUACAAUAAUUAGGGUAUUAGCGAACACAAUACUUUGUCUUUACAAGCAAAACAUUCAAAUUUAUUGCCUUAUUAAAUAUGUUUAAAUUUGUUAUGCAUAGAUGAUGAUGUUGUUCAACAACAAUAAAAAGAAAACUUGAUGAUA